AUGGCUGAUGAUCAAUACGAAUCGCUGGUAAACCUUGGUGCUGGAUUGGUUUCUCCACCCACCUCUGUUAAAGCUCGGCCAGUCCCGAAAACAAGCAAAUCUCAGGAAAGUAAGAAGAUGACAAAAGAUAUCAUCAAACUCAAAAGAUUCGCGCCAUGUGUAAAAGCUGUGAUGCAGGAUUUUUGAGAAAAAAGGCAAAUGUUUCUGUUUUUUUAAACAACAAAAUUAUGCCUCUUUUUCUCAUAAAUAGGGUUGUUAAAGUCAUCAAAGUUGUCAAAUUGCCGUCAUUUUCGUCGAAUGUCAAAUUGAUUUUUUUUUUUGGAUUUUUAUUGUUUAGAUUUUUACUAAAAAAGGAAUUUAAAAUUUUAGGAACUAAAUUUCCCCUUUUCAAAACGACGAGUGAAAUAAGCAGUAAAACUAAUUGCCACUAAUAUUAACGGUGUCCAUCAUAGUUAAACUCGCAAAGCUUCGUAUAUCAGGAUUUUCAACGACGAAAAUGACGCUCAUUUGACGGAAACUUGACAUCGGAUUGAAAUAAUCCGUCAAAUCAAAUAACCCUACUCAUAAAUCAUGUAUCACGGCUUGUAAUGUAAAGCUAUAGAUCUGCAGUCCGUGGCUCCAACGUCCACUCAGUCCAGAUCAAAGAAUGUCAGCCAGCAAAAGACGGCAAAUCCAGUUCCUGCACUCAAAUAUUACGGUAAUAAUGGGAUUCCUACACUUGAGGAAAUUAGCCAAAAAACACUUGAAAUUGAUGACGAAGAGAAGGUCGAGAUAACUGAAUGGACCAACGAUGGAAGUUUUAACACAUAA